UAUGAUCAUACUCUGAUACGUGGAGAGUACUCCCUCCGUCCUAUAAAAAAUGAAUCUUCCCAUAAAAAAUGAAUCUGAUUUAUAGUAAUAGAAUAUAUUAAAUCUGGUACUAAGUUGUUCCUAUAAUCAUGUUGCCACGAAAAAGAAAAAUAAAAAAUGAACCAAAAAGAAAAGAAAAAUGAACCGGGCAAGCAUUCUGGGCUUGCGCAGUUGCGCCACACUGCCACAGUCCAGCCCACCAUGCGGCGCCUCCUCUCCGCUCCGCUGCGCCGCCGCCUAUGCACGGCGGCCGUGGCCGCGGCGGCGCCCGACCCGGCCCUCGCCUCCUCCGCGGAGCUCGCGUACCGCCUCCUCCGCCGCCACCACUCCGACCCCAAGAGGCUCACCGCCGCGCUCUCCGGCUCGGGCCUCGACCCGACCUCGCCGCGCCUCCUCGACGCCGUCCUCCGCCGCUGCGGCGCCGCCUCCGCGCUCGCGCUCCACUUCUUCCACUGGUGCUCCCCGUCGCUGCCGCCGCCGGGGCCGCUCCCUUCCUCCCUCGCGCUCCUCGCCAAGUCCUUCUCCCGCGCCUCCUCCGCGCCGUCCCCUUCCCUCCUCGCGCCGCUCCCCGCCCAGCUCCUCUCCCCGUCCCUCCUCUCCCCCGUCCUCCGCCGCCUCCCGCCCCCGCGCCUCCUCCCCUUCGCGCUCUCACUCCUCUCCGCGCGCCCCAACCACGACCACCCCUCGCUCUUCCUCUCCCUCCUCGAGUCCCUCGCCAAGACCGGCCAUGUCGCCGUCGCCGAGCAGCUCGUCGAGGAGCUCCAGCCCAGGCUCCCGCUCUCGCUCCGCCACUACACCGCGCUGCUCUACGGGUGGUGCCGCAUGGGCAAGCUCGACGAGGCCAAGCACGUGCUCGCCCGCAUGAAGGCCGCGGAGGUCGCCCCGGACGUCGUCGUCUUCAACACCCUCCUCGCCGGCUUCGUCGCCGACGGGCGGUUCGAGGACGCGUUCGAGCUGGCCCGGGAGAUGGAGCGGCGUGGCUGCCCGCCGAACGCCGUGUCGUACACCACCCUGAUGCAGGGGCUUGGCGCCAGGGGGAGGGUUGAUGAGGCAAUGCGGGUGUUUGUGGAAAUGCGCAGGAAGGGGUGUGCACCGGAUUCCGUCACCUAUGGCACUCUGGUUACUGCGUUCUGCAAGGCUGGUAGGAUAUCACAGGGAUAUGAGUUCUUGGACGUCAUGGCAAGGGAGGGUCUGCGGGUGGACGCCGGCGUGUACCUCGGGUUCUUCGUCGCGCACGAGAAGAAGGAGCAGCUUGAGGAGUGCUUGGAGUUGAUGGAGAGGAUGAGGGAGUGCAGGUGCCCGCCAGACCUCAGCAUCUACAAUGUGGUGAUCAGGUUGGCCUGCAAACUCGGGGAGACGAAGCAGGCUGUGGCAUUGUGGAACGAGAUGGAGACCAACGAGCUUAGUCCCGGGGUUGACACAUUUGCUAUCAUGGUGACUGGCCUCGUUGGCCAAGGCGUGCUGGUUGAGGCCUGCGGUUAUUUCAAGGACAUGGUUGGGAGGGGACUCUUUGUUGCACCCCAGUAUGGGGUGCUGAAGGACCUCCUCAAUUCAUUGGUCAGAGAUCAGAAACUUGAGCUUGCAAAGGAUGUUUGGGGAUGCAUUAUGACCAAAGGCUGUGAGCUCAAUUUUGGCGCAUGGACAAUCUGGAUUCAUGCACUGUACGCAAAGAAACACGUCAAGGAGGCCUGCAUGUAUUGCUUGGACAUGCUUGACGCUGGUCUGAUGCCGCAGCCCGACACAUUUGCAAAGCUGAUGAAGGGACUGAAGAAGCUCUACAACAGGCAGAUUGCUGCUGAGAUCACUGAGAAGGUGAGGAAGAUGGCGGAGGAGAGACAUGUUAGCUUCAAGAUGUAUAAGAGGCGUGGGGUGAGGGAUCUUGAAGAGAAGCCUAAGGCAAAGAGAAAGAAAGGGCAGAAAAGGAGUCGCUUGAGGCAGGCUGGUCAGAAUCAAUCCAAUAGGCAUGCUGACAAAACUGACCUUUUUGAUGAUUUUGAUGAUGAAUAAUUUCAUGCAAGGACUAGUUUUUGCCUUCUGAUAGUUGCUCUAUAUAGUUUCGACUUAUUACUCUAGAUCAUUCUGUGUGAGGUUUAAUAUUUUUUUUCUUGGGGAAUCACUGGAUCUAGAUUGUAAAGUUGCUAAUCCAAACAAGUCAAUAAACAUGUCACAAAAAAAUAUAUUGUUUUUUUUUUCAUAUGCAACUAGAGCGAACUGUAAAAUCUUACACGUGCAGAGAAAUAGGUAGUCUGUAAUGAUCUACUUUAUGUCUCUUAAGUUGUUGCAUGCAGUAUGAUUGUGAUCAUAAGUAUAUCUCAUUGUAAUUUCAAUUUGUGAUAACUGGUAGGUUGAUGUAUACGUAGCAGUAUUUCUUUUCCCAAGUUUGAUGGGCAUUGAA